AUGGCGGGCGCUGUGUGCGAGGAGUGGCCGGGCGCUGCGAGGACAGCGGCCGGAGGGCAGGCAGGAGCGGCGCUGCCCGGGCGGGCGCGGGCCCGCGAGGGCUUCGUGGAGACGCCCUCCGGCCUGCAGUACAGGUCAUGGGGCAGCGAGGGGUCUGGCGACCAGCCCAAGAAGGGCCAGCUCGUCGCCGCGGACUACACGGGCUGGCUCGAGGACUUCGAGUCGGAGGCCAAGUUCGACUCCUCGCGCGACCGGCGGCGGCCGCUCGAGUUCCCGGUGGGCACUGGGAAGGUCAUCAAGGCCUGGGACGAGGCUCUGCUGGGCAUGAAGGUCGGUGAGCGGCGCCUCAUCGUCGUGCCGCCGGCGAUCGGGUACGGGAACAAGGCGGUGGGGCCCAUUCCUCCGGGGUCAACGCUGUACUUCGACGUAGAGCUCGUUCGCAUCGGGAAGCGCCCCCCUGCGGAGAUGCAGCAGCUGGCGGUGCCGUCGCGCUGCCCGGCCUCCCCGUCGGCGCCCUGGCAGCGGCCGGCGCCCGCACGGUGGCGGCCGCCGCCCCCCGCCACGGACGUCGUCCCUGGCGGCCGAGGCCGCAGCUGGGCGGAGCCCCCUGGCGCGUUGGCGGCGGCCUCGCGGUGCCGCGUGGCGGCGCUGGCGGCGGCCAGCGGCGCGCUGGUGGCGGGGCGAAGGGCGCUGCUGGAGAUCGGGGGCCUGUGCUGCCGGGGCGCCGCCCGCGGGUGCCGCAGCCCGGCGGCGCCGCGCGCGCUCGUCGCGGCAGUACUUCCAGGGGCCGGGCCCCUCCGGCGGGGUGGCGUCCGAGAAGGACGUCGCGGGGUUGGAGGCCUGGCUCAGGCGGGAGGGCGCCCGCUUCGAGGGGGUCAGCAUCGGGGCGUUCGGCGGCGACAAGGGCCUCGGCGUCCGGGCCGCGCGGCCCUUCCGGAAGGGAGAGGUCGUGAUGGAGGUGCCGAGGAGCCUGUGCCUGGAGGCGCCCCUGGGCCCCGAUGUGCCCGAGGGGCGUGGGCCCCUGGCGGCCGCCGCCGGCCCCGACGAGGACGACGUGCUGGCCACCCCCAGCGGCCGCCAGGCGCUGCUCGCCAUCCGAGGAAGAGACGGCUGCUGGAAGAAAGGCGGCAGGGGAGCUCGUCGCGGCACGCUGCCUACAUUGGCACGCUGCCAGACCCGCCCCUGAUGCACCCCCUGGCCGAGCCCUGGCCGCGCGGCCUCGCGGACACGAGCCCCCUCCUGUCGCGCUUCUACCGCACGGUCAUGGAGCGGGACGACGCGCUGCUCGAGCUCCUCGGGGAGUGUGAGCCAGUCUGGAAGAAGCGCCGCUGGGCCCUGGGGGCCGUGUGGACCCGCGCCUUCGAGCUGCCAGCGGGCGGGGGGGGCCGCAGCAUCGCGAUGCUGCCCCUGCUGGACCUGAUGAACCACUGGACUCCCGCCGCCGCGGAGGACAGGCUCUGGACCUGCCGCUACGAGGAGCGGGGACAGAGCAUCGCGAUGGUCGCCGACAGGGGCAUCGCCGCCGACGAGGAGCUGGACUUCCUCUACGACAACAGCUCCGACGGCGUGCUGCUGGCCCAGUACGGCAUCGCGGUCGAGGAGCCGGGGCUGAACCCGGCCAACCAGGCGGGCGUUGCCGUGGCGCCCGACACGGUGUGUUGUGCGCCCGACGGGCCGCAAGGGGCGGCGGAGCCCACCUCGUGUCCACGCGCGCCGCCACGCUGCAGCGGCAGGGCUGGGCCAGCCUGAGCCAGCCGCUCCUCUUCGCGGUGCCCCGCGACCUCCGCCGCGACGGGGCGCUGCUCGCCCUCGCGCGCUUCCUCGCCAUCGGUUCGGCGGAGGAGGCCGAGCGGCUGGAGGGCCGCGUCUUCUGGAUGGGCCGCCCGGGCGCCGAGCGGCUGCGGGCUGAGGACCGUGGAGUCCGGAGCUCGAGAGGCGCGCGUGGGGGCUGGUCGUCGCCUGGGUGCAGGCGGCCCUCUCUGACACGGGCAACAGGGCGCAGCGGUUCUUCGACCAGCUGUCCGAGACAGGAGAUUGGCGCUCGCGGUGGGGUCCGUGGUCGCGGGCGAGGUGGUGGUGCUGGAGCAGGUGCUCAAACAUGCGCAGAGGAAGGCCCGGGGCAGAGCGAUCCGCAGGAUACGGCUGCCGCAGAGGCGACGACCUGUGGGCUCGUGAGGUCCACCCCAAAGAUUCUUCGAAGGAGAAACAGCGCCAUAAACAUAUCUCCUGAAGUUGUUGUUUAUGCAUCUUGUCUUCUUCGAUCGGCCCCUGUGCCAGUUGCGUCAGCGCGGGACGCUGGUGCUGUGGCCGCGCGGGGGAAAAGAACGGCGUUCGAGGAGGAUGAGUGUCGCUA